CUUUAUUUAUCUGACACUUUUUUCUCACCUUUAUAGCUUGUUAGAGAAGGCAGCCAUUACAACAAUCCAAUAUGACGAUAUGUUUAAUUGAGGACUGUCCAACCUCGGCCCAGAGGAUGGCAGCCUCAGCCAACGCUGAUUCAUGGUACAAAGCUAUGCACUGGGCACGCACGACUGCUAUUGGGUGCUUGGUUCUGAUCGCGCUUCUCGCUAUACUCAAUUGGUCACGAUGGCAUUUCAGAUACCGCCCUCGAAAACUUACUGCUGCUCUCCGGGGGCUUGGUUACCCGCACUUGGCUUUUAUCGACUUGAGCUUGGGCAUUACUCUCGGCCUUUUCACCCUCUUCAUGUCACUUUUCAUCUGGUGUUUCCAGAUGAAACCAUACUAUCGCCCCGGCGUCGAGUGGGGUAACCCCCCUCUUGGCAUCCGGGCAGGAUGGAUCGCACAAGCUCUCCUGCCAUUUGUUUUCGUCAUGGGGAGCAGGAUCAACCCGCUGGCUUGGAUUACGAGGGUGGAAGCGUCAAGAUGGAUGAUUUGGCAUCAAUAUGGUGCAAGAGUUUUACUUUUCUUCUCUGUUAUACAUACAUUCAUUAUUCUCUAUGCGCCCUACAGACAAGGCGGCAUCUCCUGGACUCGGGCUUAUUGGACGACGUACAACAAACCAUCCAAUUUCUUCAACAGCCAUGGUCGUAUGGUGAAUGGUACCUUUGCGCUGGCCGCACUGAGUUGGAUAGUAUUUUCGAGUUUUGCAAAGAUCCGCAAUUGGAACUACGAGUUCUUCAUCGUUCAACAUAUUCUCUCUAUCGUCGCAUUCCUCAUCUCCCUCUGGCCUCAUGUGAAAGUAUCCAUCCCUGACGCCCUCUAUUACAUCUAUGCCUCUGUCGCUGUUUGGGGGUUCUCUAUCCUUGUUCGGUUUUUCUGGGAGACCGUAGAGUUUGCAGGACUGGGUAAAUGGAAAGGUAAAGCGAUAUUGCAAGGUUUUGGAGGCGACGAAAUGAGUGGGAAGGGUGGUGUGACGAGAUUAGUGGUAGAGACUAAAAGGGGAUCAUGGGAGACUGGGCAGUAUGUUUAUCUUCGAGUGCCCUCAGUCAACCCCUUUCAAUCCCAUCCAUUCACCAUCGCCUCCUCGCCCCCGACUAACAGCGAUAUCGAUACCCCUUCGCCGCUCACCAUCCUCAUCUCUAGUCGUUCAGGCAUCACCAAACGCAUCGCCCGUUCCGCCCUAUCCAACCCAUCCAAAUCAAUUCCCGUCAUUGUCCAAGGUCCCUUUGGUGGAUUCGGCGAGAAGCUAGAAAGGUUUGAUAAGGUGUUGGUGAUCUGUGGUGGGGUGGGAGCUGCGAUGGGGUGGCCAGUGGCUAGCAAACUUGUCAGAGAAGGGAGAAAAGUCAAAAUGAUUUGGAGUGUCCGAAAUAUAGACUGUCUCGAGUGGUUCAAUGACGACAGAUCUUUUGAUCGUACCGACGUAACCAUCCACCUUACAGGCCCCAAUCCCGACCAAACGAGCACAUUCUCCGCUCCCAUGAAACCCAGUUCAAGCAAGAUUGAAAGCUCUCAACCCGUCGAAGCUGAAACUACAGCUAGCACUCCGGGCGUUGAGGAAAAACUUUUCGAUAUUGCAUCUGGAACAGUUGUGAAUUCCGGUCGGUGUGACAUCACCAAGGUCUUGAGGGAGUAUACAGAGGGAAUGGAUCAAGGUGAACGACUUGCAGUUAUUGUAUGUGGCCCGACCUCUAUGUUAGCUGAUACUGCGAACGCUGUUGCGAAGCUUCAAUGGGAUAUUGUGAGAGGAAAGAGCGUCCUUGGAGAGGUGUGGAUGCACAAGGAAAGGUUUGGGUGGUAGAAAACCAAAGAGAAGCAAAUGGAUAAUAAUUGUGGCUUAAUAUGAAUGUCAGCGAGAAAAGUGUGUAAAAGUGUUUUUUUUGUAUGAAUUAUAUCACCUAU